AUGUGGAUCUCUUUCGUACUACUUUUUGGACUCGUUUUGCGUCGUUCGAACUGCGAAUACGAUCGUAACAAUGCUGCAACAGGUAUUAAAUUAUCUACCAACGACGAACUAUCUGUCUCAGCGUCCAAUGCCUUCUUGAAUUUUGGCGUUGUAAUUAAUCCGUUCAACAGUUCGACAAAAGAUGUACGCAAACAUUGCAAUGUAGGAUACGUGUCAACUGAUUAUUUUGUUCAUAGUAUUGGUGUCAUCGGUGCAGCUAAUAAUGGCACUCAUCGUGAGAUGUUUAUGUUCGCUUUUGCAGGUGAAAUUACAACAAAAUCGACACUAUUCAUUUGUCUUGUUACUGUUUCACGAUCGACAUGUAACGCACAGCAUCAAAUGACAGUUUUACACAGCGCAGAUAAACCUCAAAAUUAUUUUCUGAUCGGUAUCGAUUCUCGUGCCACUUUUGUCUAUGGUUUUACUAGCACUAUGGCAUUCAAACUCGAGAUCGCCACUAAUCAAAUUGUUCAGAAUCUAACAUUAGAAACACUCUGGCCAUCGAUCAUCUUUCUUCCUCAUGCAUUCAGUUUAAGUGAUCACUGGGCGGUAGUGGUCGGAUAUGGUUUUAAUCGUAGCGAGAAAAAGAAUUAUGCCAUUAUGGAAUGUCUUAUUGAUCUAAUUUCAUUAAUAAAUUACUCGUGUGAAACGCUUAUUGUUGAAAGUACGUAUUUAGUACCAUCAAAUCUUCUCUCGUACAACGAACUCUAUGAAGUAUCAGUAGCUAUUCGAGAUGAAAACGUACUCGUCGGCAUUCAUCGUCUUAAUACAAUUGUAAUACUGAAAAAGAAUCAAACUUCAUUGACUAAAAUACAUGUAUACACUGUGACUUCGUCGAGCAUGACUUCAUUCGGACGUUUAGUAGGAUGGGUAGACGAACAAACUAUAGCCGUCGUAGCUUAUCAUAGUUUGUACUCAUCGUGGUCGCAAUCACAGAUAUUUUUCUAUGAUAAAAAUUCUGUGUCAUCCACUUCUCCACUCUAUACAUUUCCGAAUAAUCAACAAACAAUCGGCAAUCAAUUAUUUCAACCACAUUUUGUUCGUUUGGUCAUUACUAGUAAUGGCAAUUUAGCUCUGUUAACUGAUUAUAACCUUGUUAUAAUUGUUCCCGCAUCUCCUAUCAAUUAUGCUUCAAUGUGGGUCGAACCGUCAGCUACAGCAUUCGUAUUCUAUUAUUCACCUAUGCCUUGUAUUGGUGGUACUUUCAGCCAUGAAUUCGGUCUAGGUCCAUGUACAAUCUGUUUGCCUGGAACUCGAAAUCCAGGUAUAGCACGUUCUGAUGGGACUUCAUGUAUUUCUUGUUCUCGAAAUAAUUCGAACUCGUACUGUCCUCUUGCAGCACUCGUCGAAUUUGACUUGAACACGAUGACUUCCUAUAGUCAAGUAACGGCUUAUCCAGUAUCAGCUGACACAACUAAUUUCGAUGAUAUUCUUUUGGAGAAUAUGUUUGAAACAGACUCGAACUUUUCAUGUAUGAUUAUUUCGCCUUUUUUUUGGACAUUAAUUGCAGGUGCUUUUGCUUUUUCUGUCUGGAUAAUGAUGGCAGUAAUAAAGCUAGGCAAAUGGCAACAGUAUAAGCGUUAUCGAACACGGGUAAAAACAAUUUUUAUGCAUACAGAUCUCAUUCGUGAAGGACAACGUUGGGUUGGUGGAUUAGCUACUAUCUCUAUUAUUGUUCUCGUUUCGUUUGCCUAUUGGUUUUCUGCAUCGUUUCUCAAGCGUUAUCCAAUUGAAGAAGUUUCUGAGCCAGCAAAUUUUGCUUGCGAUUCAACAUUGAUUAAUGCAAAAUUCGCCACAGGUCUCGAUCUACUUGCAAUACCACAAUCGAUCGAUGCUCAGCGAAUGUUUAAUCUUCUCGAUAAUCAAAUUUUUAACAUAACAGUUGAAUUCAUCAAUACUGGCUUUACUUGUGACAGUAUUAGUGUCCAAGAAAAUUUAAUUGGAACACAAUAUGCUAACUUAAUAUUGUCAUGUGAACGUUCGAAAUGGAAUGCUGUAACGUCAGUAACUUUCACUCUACCCGAUCAUUACUCGUCUGUACAACUCAAUAUGACAGGUCCUCAUUGGGCGAGUGCUGUUCGUAUAUGUCUUCGUGGUGAGAGCCAAACAAUAAUGAACACUAUGUUACACGCAUUAGAUUUCUGUCAAUUGUUUUCAGCACCGAAUCAAACAUUGGGUCAUGCAUCUACAAUUCCAUUUAUAAUGACGAAAAUUAUCAAUAUAACAAAAAGUAUGGAAAAAAACCGUCCGAUCACUUAUUCUGGUUUGUGGCUAUCAUCGGUUCAUGGUGCAUCAUUAUUUAAUGAGGCAUUCUAUACUGAGUUCGGCAAUUAUUUACGCUAUACAUUUGCAUUGACUACUAUUCAAAUUACGUUUGACGAACGUUCGUUCUAUAUUAAAAAUAUUCAAGAACCCAUCGUACGAACACGGCAAACUGUCUUUCAAGCGUUGUUAUUCACUUCAUUGGUUAUUGAAUUAUUUGGCUUUUCAUUUCUCUUAGCUAAACUUUUCGUUUUGCCAAUUAUACGACGAAUGUUAGCUAUAUGUCAUAAAUAUCGUGAUCGAGCUCAACAUACACUAUCAUCCCAAAGUGCUAAUAUGAGUUCUAUUUAUAUUAAUCUGGAAGUUGAAAGAUGGCCUGCAGUCGAAUGUCUACCAUCGAAUCAAUUUCAACCAAAUGAUAUUGACGAUAUUGAAAUCGAUUGCAUAUCACAUGAACUAAGACGACAUAUAUACCUCCCUAACUAUCCAUGCAAAUAUCUUUGGACUCGACAAACAGCUGAACCACGGCUAAUAUGCUUAGAAAAAUCAAAGGAUGAAUCCGGCCACCGCCUUGAAAACUCAAAUUCUCAACUGCAUUAA